GCUUCUGCACGCCAUUUUGUAAUUUUGAGCAUGUUGAUUUGUUCACGAAAAUGAUUAUCCUAACGCUAGUAUUUAAUUCUAGGAGUAUAAUUGAUUAAGUAUAGUUUAAUAAGAUAAAAGAAGCAAUACAGCAAAAUGGAUAUGCCAGAAGUGAAGGCGUUCAACGCGGAGUUAUCCGGGUUGUACGACAACAAGCCUCCGAUCUCGAAGGCAAAGAUGAGUGCUAUCACACGGGGUGCUAUUAAGGCUAUAAAGUUCUACAAGCACGUCGUACAUAGUGUUGAAAAGUUCAUUCAAAAGUGCAAGCCAGAGUAUAAAGUGCCAGGUUUAUACGUGAUAGAUUCGAUAGUACGGCAGUCGCGGCACCAAUUCGGGCAGGAUAAAGAUGUGUUCGCGCCGCGGUUCGCUAAGAACAUGCAACAGACCUUCGCGAACCUGUUCAGAUGCCCUCCUGAAAAUAAGGGUAACAUCAUCCGAGUGCUAAACCUCUGGCAGAAGAACAAUGUUUUCGGACCUGAGGUGAUCCAGCCGCUAAUGGAUAUGGCAGAUCCUAAUCAUCCGCUACAUCAGGAGAUCCAGCAGCAACAAAAUAAUACUGCUAAUGGGAGCAGUCUAACUCUGAAUACCAGCCACAACACAGACAAGAAGAUAUCCCCAGUGCCGGCUCCGCUGCACACUCCUCCGGACAACUCUCCUAUGGGUGAUUCAUUCCAGGAGCAACCGUCAGGCAACCAAGGCGUGAAGUUCAACCGCAAGCUGCUCUCCAACGACUUCGAGUACGAGAGCGACGACGACGGCGCGCACGACGCGCACGCCGCGCACGCCACGCACGGCACGCACGGCACGCACGGCACGCACGGCACACACGGCACACAUGCUCAGCCACAGCAGACCGCUGACACGUUGCCGUUGGGGAGUAUACUGACGAAUCCUGAAAUAAUGCGGCAGCUGCAGAGCCUUCAGGCGCAAAUGCAACUCAUGACUGGAAUGUCUGGAAUGCAGAUACCUAAUUUAAUGCCAAUGAUGACGGAGUUACAGCAGAAUCAAAACCAACCAUUUUUGAACAAAGAACAGCAGAAACAGAAUGAGUCCAAAGAUGACAUGGUCGAAUCCGACAUCGAGUUUGUAGAGACUGGGCCGCAGGUCAUUGAAAUACCCGAUGCCAAUGAUUCCAGGAGCCCCUCCCCCCGGCGGCGCCACCGUUCGCGCUCUCGCUCCCGCGGCCGGCGCCGGCGCAGUCGCUCUCGCUCCCGCUCCAGCCGCUCGCCGCGGCGGAGGCGAGACAAGGACCGCGACCGAGAACGGGACAGAGAUCGGGAUCGUGACAGAGAUAGAAAUAAGGAUAAUAAGAGUCACAAAGAAAGGGAAGCUGACAAGGAGAAACAGAGGGAACGGGAGAAGAAAGGUUUGCCACCGAUUAAGAAGGAAAAUCUAAGUGUGUGCAGCACGACCCUGUGGGUGGGCCACCUGUCCAAGCUGGCCACGCAGGAGGAGCUGUCGGACCUGUUCGGGGCCGGGGGCGGCGUGGUGUCCAUCGACGUGGUGGCGCCGCGCGGCUGCGCCUUCGUGGUGAUGGAGCGGCGCCGCGACGCGCACAAGGCCCUCACCACGCUCAACAAACACAAGCUGCACUCUAAAGAGAUCGCGGUGGCGUGGGCCCCCGGCAAGGGCGUGAAGGGGCGCGAGUGGAAGGACUACUGGGAGGCCGAGCUCGGCGUGUCCUACCUGCCGUGGGCCGCGCUGCACGCGCGCUGGGUGCUCGGCGCGCUGUCCCUGGACGCGCUGGAGGACGGCGGCGCCGUCGACGAGGAGACGCUCCCGCCGUGGCUGCCUCCCAGGAUUCUACCCAAGACCCUAAUGGACGGCAUGGUCGGCAUGAUGCCCAUGGGCAUCCCCGGCCCGGCCGGCAUGCCGCCCAUGCCCAACGCCAUGCCCAAUGCCAUGCCCAACGCCAUGCCGAACGCGAUGCCCAAUCCAUUGCAAAACGCAAUGCCCAACGCGAUGCAGAACGCCAUGCCUAAUGCGAUGCAGAAUGCCAUGCCCAACGCAAUGCAAAAUGCGAUGCCCAAUGCCAUGCCUGGGGCAAUGCCAGGGAUGUCUGCGUUGCAGUUACCACCACCUGGAAUGGGCCCGGGCCUGCCCCCCGGCAUGCCGCCCGGUAUGCCGCCCGGCCUGCGGCCGCCCAACAUGCCGCAGCAGGUGCCCGGUAUGCAGCCUGAAGCGGGCAUGCCGCCGACCAGCGCCCUCUUGAGGUUCCCGGGGAUGCCGCCGCAGCCCAUACAGUCCAUGCAGUCCAUGCCACAGCCGGGCAUGGCGGCGCUGCCGGGCUUCCUGGGCGGGCUGCUGGCCGUGGGCGGGCUGGUGGGCGGCGUGCCGCUGCACCGCGCGCCGCCGCCGCACGCGCAGCUGCAGCAAAGGGUGUCGGAGGUGACGAGAACCGACGACGCGAUGGACCUGGACACCGAGGACGCGCACAACGAGGACGUGCCGCUGCCGGACCAGCUCCAAGCUCUCCUCUCAAAACCACCGCCGGGCUUCAACUCCUCCGAACCUCCCCCCACAUUCAACCUCUCCGAGCCGCCGCCCACCGCACCCAACACUGAAGAGAAGCAGGACGAUAAGCGGGACCGGGACCGCCGGGACCGCGACCGAGACCGACGGGACCGAGGCGAUCGGGACAGAAGAGACCGGGACCGGGGGAAUAGGGACAGGGAAAGAGGCGGGCGGGAUCGUGAUAGGGACCGAGGCGAUCGUGACCGCGACCGUGACCGUGACCGCGGCGCUAGGGACCGGCGCGACCGCGACCGGGACCGGGACCGCGACAACCGGGACCGGUUUAACGCGCCGAGGGAUAAUAAUAAUAGAGAACGGAGCCGGUCCACGUCCCCGCGCGAGGGCGGCGCGGGCGGGGAGAAGUCGCUGCAGGAGCGGCUGUGGGAGAUGGCCAACGGCAAGCGGGAUGAGUUCCCGCAGCCGCAACAACAAGAUAACAUGGGUCUAGAAGAGAACAGGGUCGACCGGCCGCCUCUGGACCGAAUGCCACGACCAGGAAUGGACGGUGAUCCGAGAAUGCGAGGGCCCCGACCGCCUAUAAGAGGGCCGUGGAUGGAGCAAGGACCCGGAGGCCCCCCGGGCCAGGGCCCGCCGUUCGGCGCGCGCUUCAACGGCCCCGGCGCGCCGCCGCCGCCCGGCUUCCCCGGCGCCGGCCCCGGCCCGCGCUUCGAGCGCCCGCCCUUCGGCCGCAUGCCCUUCGACGGGCCCGGCCGGCCCCCGUUCGACGCCGUCCGGCCUCCGUUCGACGGCCCGAGACCCCCGUUCGACGGCCCGCGCCCGCCGUUCGACGGCCCGAGGUUUGACGGCCCCCGUCCGCCGUUUGACGGCCCGCGCCCGCCCUUCGACGGCAACAGGCCUCCGUUCGACGGCCCGCGGCCCCCGUUCGACGGCCCGCGCCCGUUUGACGGCCCGCGUCCGUUCGACGGACCGUUUGACGGCGAACGUCCGUUCGACGGCCCGCCGGAAUUCUUCACCAACAGACGCUUCGAGGACCGCGAGUUCAACGACCGAGGCUGGAACGGGGACCGCGAGCGCGGCGACCGUGACUGGAACGAUCGCAGGAACGACUGGGACGACCGCCGGAGGGACCGGUUCCGAGACAAGGACAACGAGGACAGGUUCGACAGGACCAGGAACGACCGAAGGAGGAACUUUGACGAUAGGAACGAUCGCGACCGGGACCGUAGUGACCGUGACCGCAGUGACCGUGACAAGAGUGACCGGGACCGGCCCAAGAGGGAGGAGCGCUCGCGUGCCGAUCGGCAGAAAGAUAGAAAAUCUAGAUGGGGCGCCGCGGAAGAAUCCAGAGAGGGUGAAACUUCUGCAGACGCCGCAGAGACUCCUAAAGAGACCACAGCAGCCCCUAAAGAGGUUAGCUCGGAGCAACCUGAACAAAUAGACGUUCGUUCUAAUCAGGAUGAAAAUGUGGAAUCUAGAGAACCAGCGAGCGAGUCUGCCCCGAUGGAAACCGAGAGUACAAUAGAUACCCAUCAGGAAAGGGAACCAGUAGAAACAGAGACAAAGCAAUAUGAAGAAGCCCCCGAGUCUCAAAGAUUUGAUGAUAGUCAUCAAGCGGAAGAACCCAUAAACAGAGAAGGCAUUCGAGAAAGUUAUGAGGAAAGGGUAGAGGCUCCAAUGGACGAUCCGAGAGACGAACCGAGAGAAGAAACGAGAGAGUGUGAAGCAGCCCCAGUGAGUGAAGUCGCAGAAACGCCAGAUUUAUAUGAUGCAAACGACGCAGUAGAUACCAGCUUCUCGAUAGCACCAGAAAAUAAAGAAAUCGAAAACAAAAUAGAAUCUACAGAGACAGAAUCUGACAGAAUAGAGCCCAAAGAUACAGAGUCCAAAAGUGAGGACAUUUUCGAGCCAUCUAAGGGAGAGCCUUGACAGCGCCGAAGAUGGAAAUCGGGAUAUUUCCAGUGGAACUGAUUCGGGGACGUGGACGCGAUUUUCCGACUAUGGUGUUCCGUCUUAUUUGGUAAGAAUUUCUAAACUUACUGUGACUUGUAGAUAUUGAAAUUUGAUUUCGGAAUGGUGAUAUUUCUUUAUCAGAUAUUUUAUUUGAAAUUGUAAUUAUUCGAUUCGUUUUUGUUAUAAAAUAACGGUAAACUGUUGAGGUUCGAUGUUUUUAUCAAAUAAGACGCAAAUUCAAAGCCAAUUUAAUUUUCAAUUUGAUAGAAUGUUCAUGAAUAGACUGAUUAAUGAAAUACCUGUUGUAAACGUUAAAUGCGAGGCAAGUACAAAUUGUUCAUUUUAUAAUUGAAUCUAUGGUUGUAGAAGCGGAUUCGACGCGCUUUGUAGUCUUCCUGAAGUAAAUUGACAGCUAAAUAACGUUAUUGGGGACGCUUUUAAGCAAAAUAUACCGUUUAUAUCGGUCUUUCAGUCACGACAACGACUUAUAUUGAAAAUUAAAACCGAUAAAGUGGUACAUUUUGUUUGAGUACACGUUUUUAUACCAUAGUCGGAAAGCGCAGUGAAAUCAAAGGCAUAUUAUACUCGCGAAUCGCAAGAGGCAAGCUAAAGUAUCAGCUUCAAGUAGUCAAAGAUCUUUACCUUGGCUCCGCGCGAUAACGGGCCGAUAGAAACCAUAUGACGCCAAAGAUUUUAAUUUUAUAUUUACACCUUGUUGAAAUAUACGUGCCUUAUUGGUGA